UUUAUAUAUAAGCGAUAUGGGACCUCAUCUAUACUGUGUGCUGAAGGGUUGCAGUGAGGAAUAUUACGAAAGUUCAUGGCUGAAAAUCACUCCCAAAAGUGCAACAUGAAUGACUUGCAGGAAACUAUAAACAUAAAAACUUCUAUUGAAGCCGGAGAAGAAAACAUCAUUCUGAACCCUCGCUUUGAAGACGGCAUCAGCAACUGGUCCGGCAGAGGCUGCAAGAUUCUUCUCUGUGAAUCCUUGGCAAAUGGAAAGGUCCUCCCCUUAACCGGAAAACACUUCGCUUCGACGACCGGACGCACACAAUCCUGGAACGGAAUUCAGCAAGAGAUCACAGCCAGAUUUGAAAGAAAACUUGCUUAUGACAUCUCCUCUGCAGUUAGGAUAUUUGGCUCGCCAGCCAGCACAAUUCAGGCCACUUUGUAUGUCCAAAAGCCAAAUGGAAAAGAACAAUACAUUGCGAUUACUCGAGUCCAAGCCACGGACAAGGAAUGGGUACAGUUGCAGGGGAAGUUUUUAGUGAAUAGUGUGGCGUCGAAGGUUGUUAUAUAUCUUGAAGGUCCGCCUCCUGGGGUGGAUAUUCUUUUGAAUUCUAUGAUUGUUCAGCAUUCUCAGAAGCUCCCACCGUCUCUUCCUCCUGACACGGAGAAUGUGCUCUAUGGAGUAAACAUAAUUACAAACAGCAACCUCACAGAUGACCUGAAUGGUUGGUCACCUCUUGGGCCCUGCACUCUAAGCAUCGCACAGGGCGCGCCUCGCAUACUCCCACCAAUGGCAAAAGAUUCCUUAGCAAGCCAUGAACCCUUAAACGGUCGUUAUAUUCUCGUCGCAAAUCGAUCACAAACAUGGAUGGGACCAUCUCAAACUAUCACAGAUAAGUUGAGGCUGUUUGUGACAUACCAAGUAUCAGCUUGGGUUCGAGUGAGCUCAGUUAGGAAUGGUCCUCAGAACAUCAAUGUAGCUCUUGGUGUUGACAACCAGUAUGUUAAUGGUGGUCAAGUGGAAGCAUUAGAUGAUAGAUGGUAUGAAAUUGGAGGUUCAUUCAGAAUAGAGAAAUCACCUUCAAAAGUUAUAGUUUAUGUUCAAGGUCCAUUGGCUGGCGUUGAUCUAAUGGUUUCAGGGCUACAGGUAUUCCCACUUGACAGGAAAGCAAGAUUCAAAUAUCUUAAGAAGAGAACUGAUGAGGUAAGGAAGAGAGAUGUAAUUCUGAAAAUCUCAGGGUGCUAUUGUGAUGAUGUCUUCGGAACUUCAGUGAAGGUUAGGCAGAUUAAGAACAGCUUCCCUAUAGGAUCAUGCAUCAACCGAACCGAUAUUGACAAUGAAAAUUUCGUUGAAUUCUUCAAAAAUAAUUUUAACUGGGCAGUUUUCGGAAAUGAACUAAAAUGGUACUGGACAGAGCCACAACAGGGCAAUUUCAACUAUACUGAUGCAGAUGAGCUCUUAGAUUUCUGCAACAAAAAUGGAGUUCUAGUCAGAGGCCACUGUAUUUUCUGGGAAGUGGAAUCAACAGUUCAACCAUGGGUGCAGUCCCUCAGCAAGAACAAUUUAAUGAUUGCUGUGCAGAAUCGCCUCACUGGUCUCUUAACAAGAUAUAAAGGAAAAUUCAAACACUACGAUGUGAACAACGAAAUGCUUCAUGGCUUCUUCUAUCAAGACAGACUUGGAAAAGAUAUUAGAGCAAACAUGUUCAAGACAGCAACUCAGUUGGAUCCUUCACCAAUACUCUUUGUGAAUGAUUAUCAUGUGGAGGAUGGAACUGAUACUCGAGCUUCUCCCGAGAAGUAUAUCAAGCAAAUUAUAGAUUUACAGGAACAAGGAGCUAAUGUGGGAGGAAUUGGAGUGCAGGGCCACAUUGAUUGUCCUGCAGGACCAAUAGUUUCUUCCGCAUUGGACAAGUUAGGAGUGCUGGGCCUUCCUGUAUGGUUCACGGAGAUCGAUGUUUUUUCGACAAACGAGUAUGUACGUGCUGAUGAUUUGGAGACUAUGCUUCGAGAAGUUUAUGCUCAUCCAGCGGUGGAUGGGAUUAUGUUGUGGGGAUUUUGGGAGCUGUUGAUGAGCAGGGAGAAUGCGUAUUUGGUGGAUGCGGAAGGUGAAGUUAAUGAAGCAGGAAAGAGGUUCUUAGCUCUUAAGCAGGAGUGGCUUUCACAGGCUUUUGGGAGUGUUAAUGACGAUGGGGAGUUUUUGUUUAGAGGUUUUCAUGGCGUUUAUACUGCUGAGAUUGUUACAUUUGGGAAGAAGAUUAUUCAUACAUUUCUAGUUGAGAAGGGAGAUGCUCCUUUAGUUGUGGAGUUGACCAUUUAAAAAGGCUUGAAUAAAUGGCUUUUCGUUGUGAAAAUAAUGUAAGUGGCGACAUGGUUAAUGUUGGGGUUGGUUGUUUUUAGGGUUUAGGGUUUGUGAGGGUAACUAUUAUUUCAUUUUAAGCUUGGAUGACUAAUGUUGAUGAUCGUGCGUUAUUUGGAUUUACGUUUCUUUUGGAAUUGUAUAUUGGAUAUAAUGAGUUAA